AUGAAGUCUACUACUUAUAAAUUGAUUAAACAAUUUUAUAUUAAAGGUGAUGAAAAUUAUUUUCGCAACUAUAAUGAUUUUAAUGGAAUAAUUGACAAAGUUGAUGAAGUUGAAUAUUUUGGAGAUAUGAAGAGAAUGACUGCAGGUGAGUAUUUUAUUUGGGAAGUUGAUAAAGGUAAUUAUAGUCAAGGUUUAAUUACAAGUCAAUUUUAUGUAACUAAUUUUGAAAUUUGGUUUUUUAAAUUAUUAAUGUCAACUGAGAAUUAUUUCCCAAGAACAAAUUGUUCAUUUGAUGCUGAUAUAAUUGUUGAAUUAUUUGCAAAGGAAUUAAAACAUACAGUUGAACAUGAUCGUUGGGAAGAGGGAAAGAUCUUAUUUAAACAAGGUGUUGAAUUUUUCACUUCUCGUUGGCAACCAGUUCGAGCAGUUUUACCUGCGUUUCCAUGUAAAUCUUCAAAUAUUGAUAAAGUUGCAAGUGAAGUUCCUGAUAAAGGUGAAGAAUUGGCUAUAAAAAGAUUAAUUGAUUUUGCUUAUAGCGUGAAAAAAGUGUAUCCACCGGGGGUAAUUAUUUCAAUUGUAAGUGAUGGACAUGUUUUCAGUGAUUGUAUUGCAGUUGAUGAUGCAAAAGUUAAUAAAUAUUCAAAAUUAUUAAAAGAAUUAUACUAUAAAAUUAAACCAAUUGAUUUUAAUCCAAUUACUUUUAGUUCAUUACCAGAAAUUUUUAAAUUGGAAUCAUUUCAUUUAUGCCCAAAUGUUGAAUUGACUCAUUAUAUUCCAACACAAUUGGAUGAAGAAAGUGAAGUUUGUCGUAAAAUACUUGUUGCAACUUGUGAUACAGAUGCUGGUAAGUUACGUCAAGAUAUUUUAACUGAUGGUCAUCCAAGAUUGGCUUUAUUUCGUGGAUUUUCAAAAUUUAUGACUGAAGAUUUACAAGCUCAUAGUUUACAAAUGACUCGGAAAAAGUAUAAAAAAAUGGUUGCAAAUAUUGCGUUUGAAAUGAUUAAACGAAAUGAUGCUUAUUCAAAUUUAGUUGAAUUGAUUUUCCCAUUUCAUUUACGAUUUUCAAUUCAUGCUCAUAAUAAUUUAGGUCCAAAAUUUGGUAUAUCUUUAUUAAAUAAUCUUCAUAUAAAUAAUUUAUCGGAUAAAUCUAGUGAUUUACUUCAUAUUCCAACUCCAUGGCAUAAUUCAAUUGUUAAAAUUAAUGAUGUUUAUUUUGUAAUUAAAGCUCAUAAAGUCCGUGAAGAAUUGAAAAAUGGACAUGGUAGCGGCGGGUGGGAUCCAAAAAAUUUACAUUAUUUUUUUUUAUCAAAUUAAAUGUUGACACCAUUACAAAUUAAAAUUAAUGCUUUGAAAAGGUUGAUUAAAGAAGAAGGUUUGUAUAAACAAGAGGUUAAAGAUCAAGAAGAAUAUGUUAAAGGUUUAGAUGGUUAUGAGUUGAAGAAGCAAUUGGAAGUUUUGGAUGAAAGUAAACGUAUGGUUCCUGAAGUUUCAAAAAAGAUUGAACAACAUAAAGAUGAGUUGAAGAAAUAUAUUGAAGAACAUCCAGAUGAAGAUUUAAAAGAAGCUAAAGAGUUAUUGAAUAUAUAUUAA